AUGGACAGUUACUCCAAAUUCCUUAUAAAGUUCUACCAAAUUAUAACUGGUGAGAAAGAAGAGGAAUGGAAAAGAAGAAGCUGUUCACAGACACUUCUAAAGAAGACCAAGGAAUUCCUGUAUGCUUAUGUCCUGGACCUGAUCGGACUCAAACUUCCGAAAGUCUUUUAUUACCUGCAAGUCAAUAGCGCUGCCUCGGUGGUGAAUGGAGUCCUCGGGGGGUCGGCCUUCUUUAAUGUGUCUGUGGAGAGUCUGACAACUCUGGAAAUAACAUGGAGAUUUGGAGACAAUCUCAUUGUACAAGUCGCUUACAACUCGUCUCCUGAAUGCUUCCAUCAGAUAAUUAAAAAGUAUGAAAUCUAUGGAAAUGGAUCCCUGAAGCUGUACGAUAUCACAGAGGAAUACGAGGGGGACUACACCCUGACUGUAAACAGGACUGGAGAGGCCCUGGAGGUCCAGGACUACCAUCUCAGGGUCUACCCUUCUCUUAUUGCCCCGGUUCUCAGGCCUGACCACCAGGAGUUCAUCAAUGGUACAAAUGGGACCCUCCAUUGUGAUGACAGGAAUCAGACUGUGACUACAUACACCUUCUACCAUGAUGAGGAGAAGAUCUGCUCCAAGCCCCAUGUCACCUGCAGGGGAUCAUCCCUGGACUUUACCCCGAUAUCUGAGAUUUACAAUGGGUCCUACACCUGCCGCAUCGAGAACCCGGUCAGCUCCAGCACCAGCGACCCCAUCAAUGUGAUCGUAUCGUGGUACCCAGAGGGUGGCAUUCUCUGCACCACUAAUACCAUAAACCAGGAUGUACGGCUAGGCUGUUCCUGGCCAGGAGGAAACCCUGCAGCUAAAGUGACCAUGAUCUAUGAUAACAGGACAGAGACGGGGCAGGACAGAGUCUCCAGAAAUGUGUCUUCUUCUAAUAUUACCUUAGGGUCCAACCUCAUCUGUAAUGGACACCAGCUGGGAAGACAGUCAACUUGUGCACUAUUAUUUGAGCCUCCACAGUCCCCCGACCAUGAGGUCAGUUCAACAAUAAAAGUAGCAGAAGGAGAAACAGUCAGCCUGACACUGACUUUGAGCUCUGGAGCCCGGUUACGAGCCUUCUCCUCCUCUCUCCAGAUCCUUCGUGCUCAUUUCUCUUGGUUCUAUGACUCCAUGCCUAUACAGAGUAAUGAGAAGUUUCAGGUGACCUCCACGAAUGAGUCUUCCAGGCUUCGAAUCUUCAAGGUGUCUGAACUGAACUCUGGGAAAUAUACAUGUAGAGCCGAAAACGUUAUUGGCACAAAAGAGUUCAUCUUCACCCUCACUGUUACAUCUCAGGGCCUCAAUAUUGAUAAGAUAUCGGGAAUUGUCCUCGGGAUACUGGCCGGACUGCUCAUCGCUGGUGUUGGAGUCAUGGUGCACUUCAUUUUGAAGAGAAAGCAAAUGAUGCCUAAAGCAUUAAUUCACAAGAACGCGGAUUCGUCGUUAUCUAACAUCUAUGAAAAUACUGGACCCAGAGCGCCGCAAAUCCAGCAUCCAGACGAGUCAGUAUACUGUAAUGUGUUGCCAGGCCGCAGGACAUGAUCAGGCUGGAACAUCUGCUCUGGAGCACAAGCUGCUGCUUCAUCACGUGGACAUCCUGUGACAGCUGAAGUCCCUGUGGCCCCUUGUCUCUACACCCGUGGACUGCAGCUGUACGACGCACCACGAGACUCUACGUUACUCAAUGUCAAAACCCAAGAAAACAGAGGAAAAGCAGCAGAACAUGAAAACAUCCUCAGGACGCCGCUCAGGAUGUGUGACAAGGACGUACAAACUGAUGACAAACCUCACUAUGAUCCCAAACUUCCUCUGAAAUCAGCACUUAUUUACUCAUUAGUGGCUGCACGUGGCAGUCGUACUCCCGUGGUGAAUGCUACUAGUAAGCGCAAUGCUUUCUUAUAUACCUGCUAUAUAAUGAUUGUA